GGCGUGGUGAUGAGACAGCGAUGGUGAUCAUGAGUCACCAGUGUAAGUUGAAGAGGAGCAGAACGAGGAUUCUCAGCUACUUCCAGACUGUACAGGGUGGACCAAAGGAAAGGAAUUGUCCCCUUCCCACAGCCAUGAACUCACAAGUCACAAAGGACACCCUGAAGACAGCUGAAGCUCAUAAGACAGUUAUUAAAAUUAAGCGCAGAAAGACCAGGAGGGAGCUGAAUCGUGCAAAAUUUGGCAAAGCGGUUGUUGAAAAGCUGUUUAAAUGCAAAGCAAGCCGCCCAUUUCAGGACAUGCCUCCAGCCGAGAAGUGUCACUGUCAAUGUGUCAUCAGCUCUUGGGCAGCUGAGACCUCCAUUCCUAAACCAUCUCCAAACCCCAGCUGGAUUAUUACACAAAGCAGACUCACCCAUCACCUGGGGAUAUUCAAUAAGGAGGUCAAAUCUAUCAAUAUUGAGAGGCUUUUGGACAGGGAGCAGACAAAAGACUCUAGUCCAGCCAUCACCAAGGAGUCCACCACUACUAAAUUAGCAGAGGAGGCAAUGGAGGUCACGAGCUGUACCCCAGUUCCAAAAGAGGCAGUAGUUCCUGUCCAGCAGCCACGUUCCUUAACACCCAAACUACAGCCUGUCGUGGAGAAUGCUCGCACCAUUUUAGCUUCUCCCACCCAGGCCACAGACAGCAAAUCCCAAUGUCACCGUGGCCUCAAAGAGUGGGUAGUCCCCACCACUGAACUAGCUAACAAACUCAUCAAAACCUUAAACACCCACCAGGUGUUUCCGGGACAAAACCUGGUGCGCAGCACACAACAAGAGCUUGUGAAUAUUCUGAUAGAACGGCAUGGAAGGAAGACAGGUCCCUGGCUCCCAGCACUCUUGACAAAGCAAGAAUCAGCUGCUGCUCCCGUGACAGGGACGAGCAGACCACCCAGAUCCGGCUGCAGCCCACUUGAUGAAAGCACCAUUGUGAACAAAUCCUUGUCCCCAAAAGAUCAACGGAUUGAAGAUUCAUUCUUGAUUCAGAAUGAUGGUUCGGUUUGUGGACCUCUUUCCAGCACACAUUCAACUGUGGUGAGCCCCCUUUGGUCCCCGAAGCUGGACAGCAGUCGUUUUACUGGAGGGAAGAUCUUCGGGAUAUCUUUGAGUGGUACUCCAGGGCAGUCAGGCUUCAGCCCACGGAAGGUCAUCUGCACCACUGCCUCUCUUCUUGGACCGCAGGUGGGUAGUUUUGCAGGGAACCAGGCAGAUGAGGAGCGUGCCCUCAACACCUCUGCUCGCCAACAGCUGUGGCCAUGGAGAAACACCGGCAGUUUAUGGAGAAGCAAGGCUGCCCCAGGAAUUCCCCGAAGUCCUGUUGUGAGGAGGGACUUCCCCUUCACCAGAUGGGAGCUCAGCCCGGAAACAACAGACCUGGGCCAGACAUCGGCUGCUCAGAAACGGGCACUGCCAUCCAGUGCCUCCUCGCCAUUCUCCAGCCGCAGCCCUCAUCAGCGGAUGCCAAAAGCCAACAGCUCGCUGGCACGGAUUCUGGAGGCUUACCAGGAUACCCCAGGCAGGGGUCAGUGGAGCCCACUGAGCCCAAAUCCAGGGAAGAAGACCAGGGCUCAGGGAAGUUGGGGGCACUUGGAGUGUGGGCUAGGGACCGCUGGCCACAGCAAAUGCUGGAAUGAGGUGGAUGAAGACCCCAUCUUCAGAAGCACGGGUGGGAGGCACCCAGUGGGAAACAAAAGACCUCUGCCAGAGUGCAGGCGCACAAGAGAGAUGCCGCCCCUCCCACUGCAGCCUCACUCGCUGGCAAAGGGUCGGGCUUGGCCUCAAGCUGGAGCAGACCGGCCCUCCUCUCCCCAGUGGCUUGGCGUGCCCCCCUGGCAAACCACACAAGAGCCAAGCCCAGAGGGAGUGCUCCAUGCCUCUGUGUUGGAGCCAUCACCCUCACUCCUGUGUGGCAGGGCAGCGGCCAAAGCAAGUCCACACCACAUCUGGGAGUCGUCAGCCUCAGGGAACGGUGCUCAGACCCACUACGGGCUAAUCCACGGCUCGCCCAGAACUGGCACCUGGGAUGGGAAAGACUCCAGCAAGGGUCCACUGAUGGACUCGCAUGGCAGGGCUUACCUGAACUGGAAUGGGGCACAGGCAUGCCAGCUGGUUCCAGGAGAAGGACUCAGGUGCAGAGUGGAGCCCCUGCCCCUCUCCUUGUGUUACCCACCGUCUGACUGCCUGGAAUGGAGUGAUUUGCCACUGCCCACUGUCCUCCCAAAGAAUGGCUGGGGCAGCAGCAGUCCAGAGCCCUGGCUCUACCCCAGGAUGAAACUCUACUGAGCCAGCAAUGAGUAGCGGGCAAGUGUGGGGCAGGGCAGGGGGCUGCACCGCAGUGAGGAUGGGAUGGACAACUGGCGGCAGUGCAGCAGAAUCCCAGGCAUGCGGCAGUACAAGGUCCCAGAGGUUAGGAGAUGGUCAGCGUCUCUGCUGGAAGCCAGACCACUCUAUGGGAGCCGCCAAGCAUCUUGCCAGCAGAAUCCGACACCCUUGGGUGGGACAGAGUUCAGCUGAGAUGUCAUUGCCAUGCUUGGGCCAGAGUGCCGGGAAGGAAGGGAGCACAGCACUGUGUGGGGAAGGUGGAGUGGAGUCAUGGGGUGCAAAGCAAUGGAAGGGGUCAGAGGGGAGUGUAGAGGAGCAGUGCUGUGUAAAGGAGGGAGGUUGGAGGGGGAGGGAACACAGAGGAUUGGAGAGGAAGGGUAUGCACAGGAAGGAGUUACAGAGCAAGGCUGUGUAGAGGAGAGUGGUGGCUGGAGACCAAAAUGCCAGAGACCUUAUUUACUGAUCCUGGAUAUACAUGUGGAUUUGACCCCAGAGUCCCUGUACUCACUACACUGACCCCGGGUGUAGGAGGGUCCUUUGUUCUGUAUUAUGAUCCUAGGUGGCAGUGGGGACUGCUCCAGGGGCUGUGUGCCUGAUCUUGAGUCCUCUGGCCUCUAUUAGACCUGUGCUCCUCCCUCCCUCUUGUUCCACACCAUACCUUGUGCCUCCUAUGAUCCCUGAGGCUGACUCACUGGCCACGGCUCAGCCAAAUGUUUCCACAGGAGAUACGGUCUCACUCUCAGGCGUGCUCUGACUGCUGCGCCCUAUGCUGUUCUGAGAAUUCCUGGAUUGCUUCCCCCCCCCCCCCCAUCCUGUGCUGUUGGGAGUGGGUUUAGAUUGGCAAGGUCCACCGAUAUCAUGGCCCUUCCAUUGAACUCGUGACCAGCCGAUGUCUGACUUAAUUCCCUGUUGUCUGAAAGUGACCCUUCUCCAUGAUGCACCCCUUGCAAGCUGGACAGUGAAUAGUUGGCAUUGACAGAGGGCCUCUGGUAUCGCUCGAGUCUCACUGGACAGUA